AUGGUGCUCGCGGCCCCGCGGCUGCUGGGCUUCCUGCUCCUCGCCCUGGAGCUGCGGCCCCGGGGGGGGGCGGCCGAGGGCCCCGCGGCGGGCGCCGGGGGGGAGCGCGCGCGCCGGCCGGCCCCGUCCGCGGCGCCCGAGCCCGCCGGCUGCCCCGUGUGCGUGUGGCGGCAGCACAGCCGCGAGCUGCGCCUGGAGAGCAUCAAGGCGCAGAUCCUGAGCAAACUGCGGCUCAAGGAGGCGCCCAACAUCAGCCGCGAGGUGGUGAAGCAGCUGCUGCCCAAGGCGCCGCCGCUGCAGCAGAUCCUGGACCUGCACGACUUCCAGGGCGACGCGCUGCAGCCCGAGGACUUCCUGGAGGAGGACGAGUACCACGCCACCACCGAGACGGUCAUCAGCAUGGCCCAGGAGACGGACCCUGCGGUGCAGACAGACGGCAGCCCCCUCUGCUGCCACUUCCACUUCAGUCCCAAGGUGAUGUUCACAAAGGUGCUGAAAGCCCAGCUGUGGGUGUACCUGCGGCCUGUGCCCCGCCCGGCCACAGUCUACCUGCAGAUCUUGCGACUGAAACCCCUCAGUGGGGAGGGGACCGCAGGGGGAGGGGGCGGAGGCCGGCGUCACAUCCGCAUCCGGUCACUCAAGAUCGAGCUGCACUCGCGCUCCGGCCACUGGCAGAGCAUCGACUUCAAGCAAGUGCUACACAGCUGGUUCCGCCAGCCACAGAGCAACUGGGGCAUCGAGAUCAACGCCUUCGACCCCAGCGGCACAGACCUGGCCGUCACCUCCCUGGGGCCGGGAGCGGAGGGGCUGCAUCCUUUCAUGGAGCUGCGAGUCCUGGAGAACACCAAGCGGUCCCGGCGGAACCUGGGCCUGGACUGUGACGAGCACUCCAGCGAGUCCCGCUGCUGCCGCUACCCGCUCACAGUGGACUUCGAGGCUUUUGGCUGGGACUGGAUCAUCGCGCCCAAACGCUACAAAGCCAACUACUGCUCCGGCCAGUGCGAGUACAUGUUCAUGCAGAAGUACCCGCACACCCACUUGGUGCAGCAGGCUAACCCGAGAGGCUCUGCGGGGCCCUGCUGUACCCCCACCAAGAUGUCCCCAAUCAACAUGCUCUACUUCAAUGACAAGCAGCAGAUUAUCUACGGCAAGAUCCCUGGCAUGGUGGUGGAUCGCUGUGGCUGCUCCUAAGCAGUACCUGGCAACAGGGAGGGGACAAUACAAUGGGGAAAAGCAUCUGACAAGGCCAGUUAGAACAGAGGUUGGGAAGGAUGGAGACUCCCUGGUUUGGAAGGAGGCAGAGACUGGCUGACUCUCCAAGUCACUAGCUGGGCCUAUUUAUUCCUCCUAAAAUCCUGACCCACCCUCCUCUUGACUCACUGUGCCUCAGUUUCUUCCCCUCGAUGGAAUGAGAAAUAGCAGCACCCGCCACAGCCAAGAGAUGAAUUCUGAGCACUUACCACGGGCACUUUAUGGACAUAAAAUACCUCUCGCUGUGGGACAGAUAACCAGGGCACCAGAGUAGUGGUGAAGAGAUGUGAGGCUUAAAGGAGUCACAGGCUUCCGAGUACAAGUUCCCCUCUGCCUCCCAGCUGGACAGUUGUCUGAAGCCAAGGAGCUGAGAAUCUCCUGUCCACACCCCAUCCACACCUCACCAGCAGACCUCUUGGCUUGAGGCAAGAGCCUAGAGGAUGGCAGGAGAGGAGAGGAAAGAACCUUCAGCAACAUUAUCACUUUAAGUAGAGCCAGCAGUGAUGGGUCUGAAGCAAACAUUACUGAGCUAAAGCAAAGCCCAGGCUGGAGAGCACUAACCUGGAAGGCUUGUUCUUCCCCAGAACACGGUUCUCCCACGUGGCCUUGCUGGUGGAAGGGGCACAGGUCUGCGGCGCCCUCUUGGGAAGGUGAU